ACGACUUUUGACGUUUUGUAAAAUUAAGUCCUCUGAUGUGCUCGUGAUAAGUCAUAUAAAUUGUCACUAUGAAAGUCAACGUUAAAAUCGAAUCUAUCUAUACCUAACCUGACAAAUUAUUUAAAUAAAGAAUGCUAUGACCUAAAUGCGGUUAUGAAGCGCCAUGUUCCCUGGACUAAACUCCCAUCACAAGACCAACUCUCUGUGGUUGUAUACGAUUUCAGUGAGGAUAAAAGACCCUUAAUCCCACUCACAAGGCUAGAUUUGAUGAUAUGUUUGCAGUCGUACAACAACGAGUGGUAUCGCGGUUACUCUCUAAGACAAGGUUCGCAUCACACAGGGAUAUUUCCCGCCAACAGGGUUAGAAAACUACAACUUCCUGACACAACCGCCAAAGCCAAAUACAUUUACUGGUCGAUUUGGAUGAAAAUCCUUUGGUCGAAGUAUCUUGAACGAUUUACAUCAGAGCCACCAAACACGUAUAACCAGUCUUUGGAGAAGUUCCACAAGGCUCUGUGGUGUAUUCAUACAGGUCAGGAACAUGGCCUGUUGGAGUUAGCCAGCUACUCCAAUACCAAAGUACCACCAUUCACAGAUGGACUCUGUUAUGACUGGAAAAGUGUUUCAUUUACGGAGCUGAAAGAAAUGAUAACAGAAAGAAAAAAUAACCCAAAGGAGUUCUCAAAGAAUUCUAGGAUAAUGUCUCUUGAGAUAAGAAACCUGGUGAUGGGGUAUGAACUGAAACAAGGUGCAAAAGGUGCAUUUCUUAUCUAUCUUUUUGAUGAAGGAAAGGGUUGUCAGCUAUCAGAAACAUGCAAGGUAUCAUUCACUACUGACAAACUAGGUAGAAUUCCAACGUUGGCGCCGCUCCUAUUCAAAGAUCUGAAACAAUCUUCUGUUCGACCAUCUGUCUUCUUAUCAUUCAGAGUUCUAUUGGAGGUUCCGAUAAAUGAACAGAAGAAGACCACUACCCCGAUCUAUAAGCUGGCAUAUUGGGGUAGUUUCAACGUUUCGGAGGAAGUUAAAAAGAUGAACGUUCAUCUGACAAUCUCAUCAAAUUUACCGUUAAUUCCAUUCCACUCGGGAGACAAAGCUGUUUUUUCCUCCAAGCGGUAUUCGAGACAUCUUCAUUUAUCCAAACAGCAAUUCUUGACAUACCGAAUAUGUUGGAUACCCCAAGAAGAAAUGAACCAAGCAAACAAGAUCUGUUUGACAAACAUCGGUGAAAUAUUAAGAAAUCCUCCUCUACUCGAGACUAAGCUGUAUCUCAGUCUUAUCUCAGGCUGGUUUGAGAAAGGGAAAAAGAAAAGCGAGAAAAACGUAGAAGUUUUGAUAAGCGUGGUUAAUGAGAAAGACGAGGUUAUGAGUAAAGCCAUCAUCGAGGGCCCCGAAAAGAAGCCAUGCUAUAGAUCGAGUGUAACAAGACAUUGCAAUUCUCCCCUGUGGAAUGAAAUGGUUACAAUAGCUAUGCCAGAUUCUGCAUUCAAAGUAUGUUUCGUCAAGUUUGAGUGUACUCACGUGACGAGCUCGGAAAUAUCUCACAAGACUUUUCUGAAGUGGAUCACAUACCUCCCUUUGUCAACACAAGUGGGAAAUGUUGUGCCAAAUUCAAAAUAUGGGCUAACGCUUCUGCCAAAGAACACGUACAUAAGCAAAGAUCUGUGGGAGCAUGAUGUUUUGAUAAAGGACGAAAAUUCCCAGGCCUCAAAAUAUACACAGCGACUAAUGGUGUCGACUCAGCUUGACUCAACAACUCUAACAGACACAGCAGCUAUCUACAGAAUUAAAUCUUGGAAUUUGCACUCUAAAGAUCUACAGGAAAUUCUCGAAGAUCUCAAUCGAACAGAUUUCUCUAAAUGUGUCGAUCAUUGCCAACAGAUCUUCACAGCAAUACUUGAAAUCAUUGAUUCCUGCGUUGAUGGUGAAAUCGUGGCCAGGGCUAUGACAGUGCUGUUUUCGUUCAACAAGUUUUGGAACACAAAUGAUGAAUUUAAAGGCCGUCUAUUGGAUUCGUUAGAUAGGCUUACUUUUGUUUCGGGGCUUCUGAAGUUUGUGUCCUGGAUCAAACUCGUGAUAAAAGAUCAGAAUUCCCCUCAAUUCAAUCAAACAAUCAAGUCACUAUCCCUACUGCUAACAAUAAUGAGCAAGAGUUUUGUCAACAUAAAAUGGGCAAGUAUUAUGUCUGACGCAGAGAUUGACCGGUACAAAGCUGUUCUCGCGAACAUGCUAGUGGACAUCUCACAAACUGAAGUCGGAUCCAAUGUUAUGUUGUGCAGCCAAAUCAUCAAGGUUUUCCCGGAAUCACUGAGGGUUCUUUACAGUGAUGGCAUCAUAACCAUCAACGAAUUCUCUUUUCAUAUGAUCUCCAUCAUGAAGGGCUCAAUUCUAGCUUCUUUGAAGGAGUCAGCUGCCACUAGGAUAUCCUACAUUGAUCACUUGAAGUUUAUAGUAAACUCGGAUUUUAUGAUGAACAAGGAUCUUCAAAUGAGAUACUUCCAUGAAUUGACCAGCGGACUUUUUAUUCAAGAGACCUACACUCAAUCAGAUAUUGAAAAAAUGGCUAGCAUUGUCGUGAAAUUAUCUGAGAUUACCAUUGAUUUGAUCACCCACCAACCUUCUUUCUCUGAAUGUAUUGUCAAACUCAUUCAAUCGUACAUAAAGAACAUUGCAAGUGAUACAAUCUCAAUACAGAGGGUAGAAACAAGAUUAACAUUCUUGAGCCUUAUCUCUGCGUUAUUUGAUGUUCUUUUGGCACCUAACGGAAGGCUUAAUGAAGAAGCAUACAGUUACUUUGAGGAUGCAGUUAGACUUACUAAAGAAGCGGUGAAAAUCCGUAAUGAAUUUGAAGACCACCAGAAAUCUCUCGCAGCCAAGCAGAUAAAAAAUGCGUAUCUUUGCAAAAAGCUUGGCCUGGCCUCCAAAAUUCUCUCUUGCUGUAGAGUUAUCGAGAAGAUCGAUCUUAUAAGUGAUGUGACUUUCAUAGCAGCUACAUUACUGACAGAGCCGGUGCCAAUAGUAGACAAGGAUAGUGCUCCCAAUAUCAUAAUAGUCACCAGAAUGCAGAGUCUACAAGAAGAGUUACAUAAACUUGUAGAGAAAAACCUUCAUCACCUCUGUAAAACAGGUCACUUUGAAGUAGCUUUGAUAGAUCCAAUUGUUGCUAUGGGAACACUUAGGCCAGACAUGGAAUGGCUGAUAAACUUCAUAGAUAUGUUCCUAGAAAGAUUUCCAGAUAGGCUACAAGAGAUUCUGUUGAGUGUUCAUACUCACAAAGAUAAACUCACAAAAAAUGACUAUCAAAUGUUUGAGGAAGCUCAUUAUCUUUCUAAGAUGAUUAAGAAACAGAUGAAACUUUUACAAUCAGUCACAACAAUAAGUGAACAGAGUCACACAUUCGACAUAGAGAAUGUUGAAAACUUGGUGAGUCUCAUCAAAUUCUACUCGAAGCAUCAGUGCUGGGCUCCCUUCAAGGAAACUGCAAAGAUCUAUCAGGAUUUGCUGAUAAAAAGUGGAGCUUUCUUAGAAGCAGCUGAACUAACUGAAUACUGCUGUGGACUGAUGCCUAAAGAGGUGAUAGCUGAAAAGAUGGAAGAGUUGUUCACUGCAGCAUCCUAUUACACUGAGGCAGGAUUGUGGUUCAGAUCAUUAGAGGUUUUCAAAACGUUGCAAAACAAAUAUGAGAACAUGAAGACAAAAGAAGCUUUUGUAAUGCUUUCCAAAAUAUCGGAUAAGUGCAGUGAAUUAUACAGUAACCUUGCAGAAAAACCGAAUAUUCCUUUCCACUUCUUUUUGGUAGGAUUUUAUGGCAAAGAUGUGAACAAGUCAUUCCAGAAUAAGCUCUUUAUCUUUCGGGGACACCCACUAGAGAGCAUCAUAGAUUUUACAAAUCGCAUGAUGCUCAAUUUUCCACAGUAUGAACAAAUCAACUCAGCAAAGAUUCCAACAGCGGAAGAAAUUGCUCAAUUUAUAAAAGCAUUUCAAGUCAUCAAAGUCAAUCCUAUCGGAGAUUCACGAAAAAUUAAGGAAACAGAUUCAAAGUUCAAUAAGUUUUCAUUUGAACUUUGCACAGUUAAGGACAAAAGCAUACAAAAUGAGCUAUUGCGCAUGAACUACCAAAGAUUCACAUUUGAAAUCGAUGUUCCCCUCCCAUCAUUCAGGCCAUUUUGUCAACUUAAAUCUAUGAAAUGUGACAAGAUAUCCCCAAUAGAGAUGGCUAUAGAGCAAAUAAAGAAAAAGUCAGCGGAAUUACAACAAGAAUCACAGAAAUUUGCAAGCGGAGAGGGGAAUAUAAAUCAGUUCCAAAUGAUGCUUAAUGGGACAAUAGAUGCAGCAGUAAAUGGUGGUACAGCUAAGCUUAAAGAAACUUUUUUGGACGAAGAUUUUGUAAAAAGCAAUCCCGAGUUUACUGAACAAUGUGAAGUUCUAAAGAAUGAGAUUGACAAACAGAAAGAUGUAGCAACUGAAUGUUUAAAAGUUCAUGACAAAGUUUGUCCAGCAGAUCUUAGAAUGCUACAUGAAAAAAUGGUGCAUCAGCAUGAGAACAGAGUCUUUCAGGAAAAAUCGAUGACAGAAAAAACGUUGGAAGACCCCAGCAUUCCAGUGACACCUCAGCGCCACGCUUUGAUCAGUGAGAUUGCCAGACGUGGUUCCAAACUUAAGAAAAGCACCAAAAUAAAUAGAGUCAAGUCAGUUUUCUUUGAGUCACAAUCAAAAAGGCCAAGCGUAUCUUUGGAGCAAGAAAGAGGGUAUACAAUAAAUAGCAUCAGUGAAGACACUCCUCAAAAACAUAUCAUAAAUGCGAAGGAAUUUGAAAAAACAUAUGCCUCAUUAUGCACUGAACUUAACCACGACUUUAAUCUGCACAUGCUACCAAGAUAUUCUCAAGGGCGCCGGCAGACAAUGAGCAAACCAAUGAAAUCAGAUAAUGUCGGAAAAGCACUUUACAAUAGAUUAAAUCGAAAAAAUACAGAAAAUCCAUACUCUUCAAGAAAAGAAAUUGAAGAAUGCGUCAACACUGAUGAAGAUUUACCACCAGAUUUACCGCCAGAUUUACCGCCAAAGUCAAAGCACAUUAACAUAAAUCGACCAGUAUCAACAAACUUAACAGGGUCAAUUGACGAGGUACAAGAAAAUAGUCUGAAAACCUCUUCAUUAAUUCCUGAAGAACAAGAUGUCAAGGUAUCAGGUUCCUCAGCGACGAAUACAUCAGCUUCCACAAACACCUUCCAAGAUGAUACAUUUCUUAACGCAGAGGUCGACCGCAGUUUUCACACAAGAAGCUACACAAUCGAAAGAUCUUGCAACAUUCGACCACCAUGUUUGAAAAUGUCAGAUCCUAACAACAACAACAACAACAACAACAACAGCAGUGCUAUGGAAUCUACAAUAACAACACCAGAUGCCCUACAACUAGAUUUAAAGUCUUUGGCAUCCUCUUUCAGUCUCUCCCCAGAAGACAAUCUAGCGAAAAGAAAGAUCAGUAAAGACGAUUUUGACUCUAAAUCAAAACGAAAUAUUUCUCUAAAUGAACUGAAAAAGGUCAAUUCAGAUUAGUCAUAGCUUUCGUGUACAAAUUUGUUCAUAAUUUUUGAUCUGUAUCUG